CACACACCCGCCCCAAAAUCUUACUCAAAGAGAGCUAGAAGUUAGGGAAAGAACAAACAAACGUACCAACAAAUUGCAACGUCGCCAACAAUGUCAUUCGAGUCAAAUGUUGGUUCGACCGAUAACACGGACCAAAUCGAGCCAGCAAAAUUCCAGCGCACACUUUGGGGGGAUCACUUCGUCAUGACCAAUACCACUGAGGGGCAUCCAACACAAGAGCCGGAAAGAAGGGAACAUGAAGUUCUGAAGGCAGAGGUGAGGAGGAUGGUGACAGCCGAUGAAAUUAAUGGAGUAGUCCACGAAGUCAAUGAUGUUCAAGCCAUAAUCCAGAAGCUACAUUUGAUAGAUGUAGUUCAACGAUUAGGAGUUGGGUAUCAUUUUGAGAUGGAGAUUGAAGAAGCUCUGGAAAAAGUUUAUGUUCAUGGGGGAGAGUCAUUUAUUGGAAAUAAUAGUAACAUUGAUUUGUACGGUGCAACCCUUUGGUUCCGACUCCUCAGACAACAAGGGUUUCGUGUUUCCCCUGAGGGAUUCAGAAGGUUCAAGGAUGAUGAAGGGAAGUUCAAAGAAUCAUUGGCAUCCGACGAGCAGGGAUUGCUAAGUUUGUAUGAGGCAGCACAUGUUGCAUUCAAUGGAGAAGACAUAUUGGACGAAGCUAUGGAAUUUGCAACCAAGAAUCUGAAGUCGAUCAUUCUUAAUCACAAGGGCUCUUCAUCAUCGAAGAAGCAUGUCGAGUUUUCCCUUAGCCUUCCCGUUUGGAAAUGUGUCCCCAGAACACUUGCAAGACACUCAAUUGACAUUUACUCCCAAUACGAGAAUGCCUGCCAUGAACAAACAGUGAUUUUGAAGCUGGCAAAGUUGGACUUCAACAUGGUGCAAAAAUUCCACAAGCAAGAGCUUCAUCAACUCUCAUUGUGGUGGGCGAGUCUUGAAACGACGACUAAAUUUCCAUAUGCAAAAGACCGACUUGCGGAGUCCUAUUUUUGGAUCAAUGCCGUUUACUUCGAGCCAGUGUAUCAAUUGGGGAGGAUCAUACUUCUCAAGUUUGGAUGCGUAAUUACCCUCUUGGACGACACCUAUGACAACUUUGGUAACUACAAGGAGCUGGAGCUCCUCACAGAAACCAUUCAGAGGUUGGAUAUCAGUGGUUUGGAAAUCCUUUCGGGCACAAUGAAGGGCGUGUAUCAGCUCAUCAUUAACCUGUUCGAAGACAUCGAGCAGGAACUCACAAGAAGUGGACUCAGUACUUUUGGUACUGACUACUGUAAGGAACAGUUCAAAAAAUUGUGUCGCUCCUUCUUGGCUGAGGCCCGGUGGCGCACCAAAGGCGAAGUUCCGAAUCUGGAGGAGUACUUGGAGGAAACACAUGUGACCAGCAGUUAUUUUUUUCACUGCCCAGCUUCGUUCCUAGGGAUGGGAGCAGAGGUAGGAACCAAAGAGGCUUAUGAGUGGGUAACCAAUGAAACCAAUAAGAUGGUCAUAGCUGCGUCUCUCAUUUGCAGGAUCCAAAACGACAUCAGGUCUCACAUGUUCGAGCGAAACAGGAAGCAUGUGGCUUCAGCAGUGGAAUGUUACAUGAAGGAGCAUGACGUCUCUCAAGAGGAUGCGAUCGUUGUGUUGUGGGAAAUGAUUUCAAAAUCUUGGAAAAUCAUGAUUAAGGAAUAUGAAAAACCAACUCCAGUUCCUGCCAUUGUUACAGAUCGAGUUCUCAAUUUUGCUCGCUUGAUCAGUGUGAUGUACAGGAAGGGUGAUGCCUUCACUCAUCCUCAUCUUCUAAAGGAACAAAUUGCUUCCUUGUUCGCCAAUCCUGUGCCGCUUUGAACGUCGACGUCCAAGAUUGCAUGUGAUAACAUAGUUCUUCCUCAAGUUCAAUGCUCGAACACCCUCAUCGAGUCUUUGUUGUUGCGAUCACCCUUAUAAAAAAAAACAGGUCUUUGUUGUUGUUUCUUUUCGUGUGAUGCUUUGAUUCGUGUCAGCUUCCGUCGUUUGGAUUUUUCAGCUUUAUUAAUAAAGAACAAUUUCUCUUUGGAGGAUUUGUUGUCUAUCUGUUUGAAGGUCUGACCUUGGCCGUCGGCAUAUUAGAUUUUAUGGCGAAAGGAAUUUAUAUCUCCUGUCAUGACCCUAUAAGUAAUAGAAUUGUAAAAAUUAAAAAAUUUGGGUACCAAAAUAUAAUUUUAUCAUCAAAAUUUAUGGACUUUUUUGUAAAAAAAAUUAGGCACUAAAUUUUAAGAAAAAAUAAUUGUGGGUACCCAAAACAUAAUUUUUUAAAAAAAUAGUGUGUUGAUUACGAUCGAACCACUGACCCGAUCCGUCCAGACCAGUCCUAACCCUUGAGGAUAAGAUAGAGUAAAAAAAAAACAGGGACAAAACGGAUCCAUUAUACAUCUAGACCCUUCGGGAAUGGAUAUCAGAGAGGAUCAUGGAUACGUCAUGACAAUUUUUAGCCCUAUCCAAUACAACAAUACGUAGCAAGUAGACAUAAAUGGAAUCCGUCCACAUCAAAUUGGGGUGCUCCUCUUGAUAGGGAUGGUAAUCGGUCGGUUACCGAUGGAUUAACCGGUUAUCGGUAUACCGAAUAAUUACAAACUGCUACCGAUUAAUUACCGAUACCGGAAGAUAAUCGAUUAACCGGAUAACCCGUUAUCGGUGAUCAACCGGUUAAGAAGCAGCCACUUCCUGCCUUCCUCGCAUCCUCUGUCUCGCGAGUUUCUCCAUCUUUCCUCACAUUCCAAACCCUUUCUCCGCCUUCUCUCAUUCAUUUCUCUGACGCCGAGGGACACAAUCUCUCAUCGGCGAUGCCACCACGAAAGCAGGUCAUCGACGAGGAGGAGGAAAAUUGUUGGCGUUUUUCGGCUCUUCCCAAGCAUGCAUCACGAAUCCGGCCACAAAUGAGGCUGGAGAUCGAGCGACGGAGAGAGGGAAUCAGACAACCUCCCAACCUUCUCUUUUCCUCAAAGCUAAAAUUGAUCUGGAGAGAUCAAGAGCGGUAACUCCUACCCAGAGAACUGAUUUUAGAUCUGCGUUUUGAGAACGGCGGUGAUGUUUUUUGACUGAAAACCCAGGUUAUGGUUUCUUUCUGGGCAGGAGAAGAACGGCGGUGGCGAUAGAGACUGAGAUAUCGCCGGGAAAGAAGAAGACAUGGACAUGGAGUCGUCGCCGGCAGAUUCUCAUUCAUCUUUGGGGUCAUCGAUUUUGGGGUUUUCAAUUUGUGGGGUUUUCAAUUUUGGGGGUUUAAAUCUUGGUUUGCUGCCUUCCUUGUACCUCCCACUAUGGGUUAAUUGUUAUUUGGGGUUUAGGAGGGUGAUUGUUCCCAUUCGCGUCGAUCUGUUGUUGCUGGGUAGUUAGGAGGGUGAUUGUUCCAUGGUUGUGGGUGAGUAGGUGUGGGUCCAUAGGAGGGAUGAGAGUGGAGAGGAAGAAGAGUAGGGGAUCGCAGAUGGAAUCGGUAUAUCCAGUAUACCGAUUUGCCGUCGGUUAUUUACCGGAUGCGAGUCGGUAUACCAAUAGAGGUAAAUUGACUACCGCAUACCGAAACUGUCGGUUAUCGGUAUAACCGGUACCGGUCGGUUACCGAUUCGGUUACUGGUUAUAUCAAUAAUCGGGAAAUCGAUUACCAAUCCUACCUCCUGAUAAGGAGUUAGUAUUAUUUUCUGUACCACAAGUCCUGAUGACUUAUUAAUUAGGCUUUAUCUACAUCUACAUCUACACUUAUUAUUUUCUUAUUUACAGAAAAAAUACAUCAAUGUCAUUCCACCACGUUUAGCAACCGAAAUGUUAUUGAUUCAAAUAUUGCAUAUCGAAUUGCACUCUUGAAUGUAUAGAUUCUUCGUAAUGUAAUGGAAUAGAAGAGUCAGAGUCUUUUCUCGCCCAGACGAAUUCCAUUCAGGCUUGGCUUGACCCUGCUGAAGGUACAAAGUUCAUCUUCAAGGAUGCUUGUUGGUCACCUUGUUCCUGAAGAUCUAAAAGGAUAUCGACUAGAUCCUUAGGUUGACGACCAUCAACGUUACCGCCUUCUCUUCUAUCAGAAAUCCCUGAAGAAUUUUUAGAUUUUAGUUUGCCAAAAUUAACAAUGCAUCAUUAUUAACAAAUACGAUAAAAAAGAUCAUAUACGUAGAGGGUAGGGGUGGCUAUACGGUCCGGUCCGGUUAAAUUGGACCAAAUUGAUCUGGUCCCAGUCCGGUCUUUUCGAGAAUAUAAGGACCAAAGAUUG